AACAGAUAUAGGACAACAAAAACCGAUUCGUCCUAAUAAUGAAGAUAAGUAAAAAAAGGAUACAGCAGAAAAUUAGAUAACACUCAGUACUUAAAUGCCGCAAGCGCCGAGAACACUUAUCUUCGGUCUUUCAAGAUUCCUGAUCUGCAAGAUGAUGUGGAGUUUGCUGAGUGUGAGUCUGUUGAGUCUUUUCAUGACUGCAACGGCAGAUUGCAGUAAUGUGAAAGAAAAGUAUGUGAGCGGAAGUAACACUAAUGUGUUCGAAGCUUUGCGGUUUCUCAAAAACAACGAUCGUAUAGUGACUCAGACAGCAAAUAAAGCUUCCAUCGCAAGUUGGAAUUAUCAAAGCAAUCUCACAGAGCCAAAUAAAGAAGCCAUGUUAAAAAUGCAGCGAGAAGUAGCUAAACUGGCGAAAGAAACCUGGAAAAACGCAACAUCUUUCGCCUGGAAGGAGUUUAAAGACAAAAACGCAACGGCUUACAGGUGGUUCAAGAGCCUUUCCGUCCUCGGAACAGCAGCUUUGCCUGAUGAUAAAUUUGCGGAGCUCGGCAAAUUGAUUGCUGAUAUGCAAGAUGUCUACGCGAAAGCGAAAAUUUGUCGAUUCAAUUCAUCGGACAGUAAACAGUGUGAUUUAUCUUUAGAACCAGAGCUGACUGAAAUCUUCAUUAACUCCAGAAACGAAGCAGAGCUGAAGCACGUUUGGACCAAGUGGAGAGAUGUUUCCGGCAAAGUGGUGAAGGACAAAUUUCUCAGAUAUGUCAAUCUAUCCAACGAAGCGGCUUGCCUGAAUGGUUUUAAGGAUAAUGGGGAGAUGUGGAGGGAAGCAUAUGAAAGUGACUCGUUCGUAGAAGAGAUAGAAGAACUGUGGAAUGUUAUCAGGCCUUUCUACGAGCAACUCCACGCUUAUGUCAGACGCAAGCUCAUCCAGCGCUAUCCACGUAGUGGCAUUAAACCAGACGGUCCCAUUCCCGCGCACCUACUCGGAAACAUGUGGGCUCAGACAUGGAGUAACAUUUUCGAUAUCGUUAAACCAUAUCCCAAGAAAAAGUUCAUUGAUGUAACAGACGCAAUGGAAGAAAAGAUAAUGACCCCCCUGGAUAUGUUUAAAAUGUCGGAAGAAUUUUUCACCUCCAUUGGUAUGAAGAAAAUGACACCAGAAUUCUGGCAACGCUCCAUCAUCGAAAAGCCGAAAAACAGAGAAAUGGUUUGCCAUGCUUCCGCUUGGGAUUUCUCAGAUGGAAAAGAUUUCAGGAUCAAAAUGUGUACCCGAGUAAACAUGGAAGAUUUUAUUACCGUUCACCAUGAAAUGGGUCACAUCGAAUAUGAUAUGUAUUACGCUCCUUUACCUUCAGUUUUCCGAGAAGGAGCAAAUCCAGGUUUUCAUGAAGCUAUAGGAGAUACUAUAGCUUUGUCAGUAGCAACUCCAAAACAUUUGAAAGAAGUAGAUCUUCUCGAAGAAGUAUCUGAAGAUGAAGAAAGUGAUAUCAACACACUAAUGCAGACAGCCUUGGGAAAGAUUGCUUUCUUGCCUUUUGGGUAUCUCAUCGACGCCUGGAGAUGGAAAGUGUUUGAUGGCAGUAUUAAAAAAGAUGAACUCAAUUCGAAAUGGUGGGAAUUCAGAUUAAAAUACCAAGGACUUUGCCCUCCAGUCAAAAGAACUAACGAAGAUUUGGAUGCUGCAGCAAAAUACCAUGUAAUCGCUGAUGUUCCUUAUAUAAGGUAUUUUGUUAGCCAUGUUAUCCAGUUCCAGUUCCAUAAAGCGCUAUGCGACGCAGCGGGACACAAAGGACCUCUGCAUAAGUGUGAUAUAUACAAAAACAAAAAAGCAGGACAAUUGCUGGGCGAUAUGUUGAGCCUUGGUAAAUCCGUCCAUUGGAACGAAGCCAUGAAAGUUAUAACGCAGGGCACAACGCACAAAAUGAAUGCCAGGCCCUUGGUUGAGUACUUCGCUCCCCUCCUGAAAUGGUUAAAAAUUCAAAACAAGAAUGAAACUUUGGGAUGGACCAGCAGUGACCCAAUGGUGUGCCCAUACUUCUUGAUCUUCAAGAUGAUGUGGUGUAUGCUGACUGUGAGUCUGCUGAGUCUUUUCAUGACUGCAACGGCAGAUUGCAGUAAUGUGAAAGAAAAGUACGUGAGCGGAAGCAACACUGAUGUGUCAGAAGCAUUGCGGUUCCUCGAAAACAACGAUCUUAUAGAGACGCAGACUGAAAAUAAGGCCGCCAUCGCAAGGUGGAAUUAUGAAAGCAAUCUUACAGAGCCAAAUAAAGAAGCCAUGUUCAAAAUGCAACAAGAAGUAGCUAAGCUGACGAAAGAAACCUGGAAAAACGCAACAUCUUUCGCAUGGAAAGAUUUUAAAGACAAAAACGCAACGGUUUACAGGUGGUUCAAGAACCUUUCCGUCCUCGGUAAAGCAGCUUUGCCUGAUGAUAAAUUUAAGGAGUUCAACAAAUUGAUUGCUGAUAUGCAAGAUGUCUACGCGAAAGCGAAAAUUUGCCGAUUCAAUUCGUCGGACAGUAAACAAUGCGAUUUAUCUUUAGAUCCAGAGCUGACAGAAAUCCUCAUGAACUCCAGAAAUGAGGCAGAACUGAAGUAUGUUUGGACCAAGUGGAGAGAUGUUUCCGGCAAAGUGGUGAAGGACAAAUUUCUCAAAUAUGUCGACUUAUCCAACGAAGCAGCUUGUCUGAAUGGUUUUAAGGAUAACGGGGAGAUGUGGAGGGAAGCAUAUGAAAGUGACUCGUUAGAAAAAGAUGUAAACGAACUGUGGAACGUUAUUAAGCCCCUCUACGAGCAACUCCACGCUUAUGUCAGACGCAAGCUGAUCCAGCGCUACCCAUGUAGUGGCAUUAAACCAGACGGUCCAAUUCCCGCGCACCUGCUUGGAAACAUGUGGGCUCAAAAAUGGGGUAACAUUUUUGAUAUCGUUAAACCAUAUCCCAAGAAAAAAUUCAUUGAUAUAACAGAAGCAAUGAAAGCAAAGAAAAUGACCCCCCUGGACAUGUUUAAAAUGUCGGAAGAAUUUUUCACCUCCAUCGGUAUGAAGAAAAUGACACCAGAAUUCUGGGAGCGCUCCAUCAUCGAAAAGCCCAAAGACAGAGAAAUGGUUUGCCACGCUUCCGCUUGGGACUUCUCAGAUGAAAAAGAUUUCAGGAUCAAAAUGUGCACUCUAGUAAACACGAAAGAUUUCAUUACUAUUCACCACGAAAUGGGUCACAUUGAAUAUUAUAUGUAUUACGCUCCUUUACCUUCAGUUUUCCGAGGAGCGGCAAAUCCAGGUUUUCAUGAAGCGAUAGGUGACACUAUAGCUUUGUCAGUAGCAACUCCAAAACAUCUGAAAGAAGUAGAUCUUCUUGAAGAAGUAUCUGAAGAUGAAGAAAGUGAUAUCAACACACUAAUGCAGACAGCCUUGGGAAAGAUUGCUUUCUUGCCGUUUGGUUAUCUCAUCGACGCCUGGAGAUGGAAAGUGUUUGAUGGCAGUAUUAAGAGAGAUGAACUCAAUGCGAAAUGGUGGGAAUUCAGAUUAAAAUACCAAGGACUUUGCCCACCAGUCAAAAGAACUGACGAAGAUUUGGAUGCUGCAGCUAAAUACCAUGUAAUCGCUGAUGUUUCCUAUAUAAGGUAUUUUGUCAGCCAUGUUAUCCAGUUCCAGUUCCAUAAAGCGUUAUGCGAUGCAGCGGGACACAAAGGGCCUCUGCACAAGUGCGAUAUAUACAAGAAUAAAAAAGCAGGGAAGUUGUUAGGUGAUAUGUUGAGCCUUGGUGAAUCCGUUCAUUGGAACGAAGCCAUGAAAGUUAUAACGCAGGGUGCAACGCACAAAAUGGAUGCCAAGCUCUUGGUUGAGUACUUCGAUCCUCUCUUGAAAUGGUUGAAAAUUCAAAACAAGAAUGAAACUUUGGGAUGGACCAGCAGCGACCCAAUGGUGUGCCCAUAAAGCUUUGACUACACACGAUAGCCAUUAAUUGGUGAAAAAACUUUAAAUAAGGCAAAUUCAAUAUUCCAAAGAAACUAUAACAAAAACACUAAAAUGAAUUUUUUGUGAAUGUAUAAUCUACGAUUUAGUGUCGUUGAAUCUUCAAAAAUACCUUUGAAUUCAUCUGUUUGUUUCUUUUUCCCCCUUUCA